AUGUGGCGCUGGCUCGUAUUGUUGGUUCUAUUAGGGACAUCACAUGCCACAGAGCCUUCCUGUCCCGUGUGUUCCAAGUAUGAGUACGAAGUAAGCCUUCUCGAACGAGUGCUUAGCAAUGAACUGGCACUGAAAAACACCCUGGACAAAAUAAGUGAAACACAUGCGAAAGUUGAGGACACUUUAAAAGCGAUACAAGGGGAGAAUGUGAAGCUAAACGACGCAAUGACUGCACUGGAAGUUAAGAAGAAGGAGAUGGACGAAAGGCUUAAGGCACUGAACAACACCCUGGACAAAACAAGUGAAACACAUGCGAAAGUUAAUGACACUUUAAAAGCGAUACAAGGGGUGAAUGUGAAGCUAAACGACGCAAUGACUGCACUGGAAGUUAAGAAGAAGGAGAUGGACGAAAGGCUUAAGAGUUCCAUCAACUCGGGGAUCGCAAAUGUAUCUGAAACUAUUUCCGAAAUGAAAACAAAUGUGCAGGUUCUCGUAGCAAAGACGGAGAAGGAACUCAACGCAAUGAAAGAACAAAGUGUGCCACUGGUGAUUUUCCACGCUCUACUUCAUACUGGUAUUACUAAACACCGUCUCCCUGGCAACCAGGCUGUUGCGUUCAAGACCGUUCUGGUCAACGAAGGUCGAGGCUACGACCCUGCCACUGGAAACUUCAUGGCGUCUGUAGCUGGAGUGUACAUGUUUACAGUACAGUACUGUCCUGAUGCAAACUCGUACGUUUACCUUGAGAUUACACAUGAAGGGAAACCGUUGCAGAGAUCAAAGCACUUCAACAAAGAUACUGAAGUCUGUGUCAGCAUGCAGGCCUUCGCUAAAGUUGCGAUGGGGGAAAAGGUCUGGGUGCGGUCUUUAUCUUCGGGUGACAUUUGGCUUUACCAGCGUGAGUCGUAUCAGUGGAACAGCUUUGCUGGGUUCCUGGUGCAUUUAUAA